GCUGGCGCCGCGCGCUCGAGCUCGGCGGCAACGGCGUCGUCGCCGCGCUCGUCGACGGCGUCCUCGUCGCGGCGUCGGAGCGCGUGCAGCACCACCACGCGACGCUCGUGCCCGUGCUCGCGCGGUCGCCCUUUGGGUUCGCCGUGCUGCGGCGCACGCUGGCCUUCGUCAUGCAGCUGUCCGCGUCCAUCGAGACGCCGCGGCUCAGGCUCGCCGUCGCCGGUCUGGCGCCCCGCGGCUUCCUCGCGACGGUCGACGGCGACGACGACGUCCGCGUGGACGCGGACUACUGCGCGCGCCUCGACGCGUCCGUGCGCCAGCUCGUGGACCUGGACGUCGUCAUCGAGCGGCGGGUCGCGCCCUACGCCGAGGCCGCCGCGGCGCUCCGCGGCGCGUCGCUCAAGGCGCUCAAGGCCGCGCACGAGCCCGCGGCGGACUGCCACUUCGCCGAGGUGCGCUUAGGCGAGGCGGACCGCGACGUCCACGGCUUCCACGCCGCGCGGCGAGCCGGCGCGCCCCUCGCGGCGUCGUCGAAGAAACUCGACGGCUUCGACUUCGCGCUCCGGCCCUGCGGCGACGGCCGGACGCUGUUGGUCGAGCUCGCGCGGCCGCGGCCGCGGGGCGGGCCCGGCGCCGACGCGACGCCCCUCUGCUGCGGCCUCAGCGCGGGCGCCGAGGGCGAGGCCGAGGGCGCCGCGAGCCUCGCGGCGCGCGGCUCCUGGACGUCGAACGGCGCCGACGACGGCGCCGCCGACGGCGCCGCCGCACCGCCCGCGACCCUGCUCGCCGCGGGCGACCGCGCGGCCGUCCACGGCCUCGACUGCGCGGGCACGCUCAACGCGCUCGCGCGGGCCCACGGCGACCGCGUGCUCCGGGACCGCGUCGCGCUCGCGCAGGCGUCGCUGGACGCCGCGGCGUCGGACGCCGCCGCGGGCGUCGCGAAGGCCCGGGAGCCGACGGCGCUCCUCGUCGCCGGCGCCGGCCAGAAGCGGCGCCGCGAGCUCACGACGCUCAAGAGCGACUUACGGACGCGCGCGAAGAAGAAGCGCGGCAAACGCAGGGUCGCCGACGAGAGCGACUCGGACGGCGAGGAUGACGACGGCACGUUCCGCUACACCUUCGCGACGCCGGACGCGCCGGGGUCGCGGCCCCGCGACGUCGCCCCGGCCGCGGACGCGACGCUCGAAGCCGCGCUCGCCGCGCUCGAGGCGAGCGAGAUCCCCGUCCAGGACUCGCGGACGAACGUGACGCGGCCGGGCGCGCCCGCGCCGCGGGGUUUGGUGCUCGGCGCGGUGAACGUCCGCGGCCACGGCGGCAUGCGCGUCUCCGGCGCGACGCACGAGCGGCCGCGGCUCGCCAAGCUCCUCUGCGACGUCUUCAGGGCGCACGCGCCGGACCCGGCCUUCCGCUUCACGACGAUCCAGAUCAACUGCAACUACGAGGCCGCGCUCCACGUCGACAAGUUCAAUUUGGGGCCGAGCUACAUCGUCGGCGUCGGCGACUACGGCCCGCCGGAGGACCCGAAGCUCCCGGCGGAGUUCGCGGGCCGCCUCUGGGUCCAGGGCCGCGGCGCCCUCGACGUGCGCGAGCAGUUCGUCCUCUUCGACGGCAACGCGCCGCACAGCACGAUCCCCUUCGCCGGCGCGCGCUACACGCUCAUCUUCUUCACGCACGCGUCGCAGUACGCGCUGCCGGAGGGCGAGCGCGCCUACUGCGACGCGCUGGGCUUCCCCAUGCCCCACCCGAAGCUCUGCAAGCCGCCCCACAUGCGCACGGCCGAGGAGCGGCUCAUGGCGGGCCGCGACGCGUACGCGGCGUGGGAGCGCGAGGUCGGCGGCGGCGCCGCGGCCGCGGCGCCCGCGAGGCACAAGUACUUCCUCGACGGCGCCGGCGGGCGGCCGUCGCAGCGCGUCGCGGCGCUCGCGGGCGGGUCCGCGCCCCAGCUCCGGCGCCACUACGGCCGCGCGGUCCGCGCGGCCGCGGAGUCGCGCGAGGGCGGCCGCGCCGCCGCGGCGACGUUCGUCACGGGCGACCGCGAGGGCGAGGCCGCCGACGAGGCGCGGUGCCGCGCGGACGUCGUCGCCGACGAUCUGGUCGCCGAGGCGCUGGCGCACCGGAAGCCCUUCGUUGGCCGCGUGGAGCGGUGGGAGGCCGCGUGCGCGAACCGGCGCGACGAGGCCGGCGGCGCGCGGCUCCUGGCCAAGUACGCGGGGCUCUGCCUCCUCGACGACGACCCCUACGACGCGCACAGCGACGUCGCGAGCCUCGGGCGGCGCCUCAGCGACUCC